UGUCCCUACCUGAUCCCAGGCUGCUCUUCCGCGUCUGGGCGCGGGGACCCGGGGGCGCCCAGCGACGGCGAAUGGGGGACGACGCCAUGAGGCAGCCGCAGGGCCUGGCGGGGGCUGGAGGUUGACCGUCCCUGCUGCCUUCCUCGGGGGCCGCCGCCUCCAGGCAGUCGCCCGUCCCUCCCGGCGUGUCGCGUCCAGCCGUGGCCCCAGCUCCUCGGCCCGGGCUCCUGGACCCUCGGCCCCGCGCAAUGACCGCGGCCGCCGCCUCCAACUGGGGGCUCAUCACGAACAUAGUGAACAGCAUCGUGGGGGUCAGCGUGCUCACCAUGCCCUUCUGCUUCAAACAGUGUGGCAUCGUCCUGGGGGCCCUGCUCUUGGUUUUCUGCUCUUGGAUGACACACCAGUCCUGCAUGUUCCUGGUGAAAUCCGCCAGCCUGAGCAAACGGAGGACCUACGCAGGCCUGGCCCUGCACGCGUACGGAAAGAUGGGGAAGAUGCUGGUGGAGACCAGCAUGAUCGGGCUGAUGCUGGGGACCUGCAUGGCCUUCUACGUUGUGAUUGGCGACCUGGGGUCCAACUUCUUUGCUCGGCUCUUUGGGUUUCAGGUGACUGGCACCUUCCGUGUGUUCCUGGUCAUUGUGGUGUCCCUGUGCAUCGUGCUCCCACUCAGCCUGCAGAGGAACAUGAUGGCCUCCAUCCAGUCCUUCAGUGCCAUGGCCCUCAUGUUCUACACCGUGUUCAUGUUUGUGAUCGUGCUCUCUUCUCUCAAGCAUGGCCUGUUCGGGGGGCAGUGGCUGCAGCGGAUCCGCUAUGUGCGCUGGGAUGGUGUCUUUCGCUGCAUCCCCAUCUUUGGCAUGUCCUUCGCCUGCCAGUCCCAGGUUCUGCCCACCUACGACAGCCUGGAUGAGCCGUCGGUGAAAACCAUGAGCUCCAUAUUUGCCUCCUCCCUCAAUGUGGUCACCACCUUCUAUGUCAUGGUAGGCUUCUUCGGCUACGUGAGCUUCACUGAGGCCACUGCGGGCAACGUGCUGAUGCACUUUCCCUCCAACCUGGUGACUGAGAUGAUGCGAGUGGGCUUCAUGAUGUCGGUGGCCGUGGGCUUCCCCAUGAUGAUCCUGCCAUGUCGACAGGCCUUGAACACGCUGCUUUUUGAGCAGCAGCAAAAAGAUGGGACCUUUGCUGCUGGAGGCUACAUGCCCCCGCUCCGGUUUAAAGCGCUCACCCUCUCAGUUGUGUUUGGAACCAUGGUGGGUGGAAUCAUGAUCCCUAACGUGGAGACCAUCCUGGGCCUCACGGGCGCGACGAUGGGGAGCCUCAUUUGCUUCAUCUGUCCAGCUCUGAUCUAUAAGAAAAUCCACAAGAACGCCCUUUCGUCCCGGGUGGUGCUCUGGGUUGGCCUGGGCAUCCUGAUGGUCAGCACACACACCACCCUGUCCGUGAGUGAAGAGGCCCCGGUGGACUUGGCCAAGGAAGCCCUGGCCGGCCGGCUUGAAGAGGCUGAGGGCAUCAUAAAGGCAGAGGCAGCGCGACUCCCAGGUACGCGACUCCCAGGCCAGAAUCCAGUCGUGGACGUGGCCGAGGACGGCCGAGACAAGCCGAAGCUGCCCAAUGACAAAGAUGAGAUGGAGCAGGCCCAGAUUAAGGGCCCCGUGAACGUGCCCCAGAGGGAAGGCACCAAGGAGAAGCAGGAGCAGGCACAGCUGGACCGCCCGGGCCAAGGUGUGGCGGUACCUGUGGGCGAGGCCCACCGCCACGAGCCCCCUGUCCCUCACGACAAGGUGGUGGUGGACGAAGGUCAAGACCAAGACCAACCGGAGGAGAGUGAGCAUCCGUCCAAGCACGUGGAUGAAAAGGCUUUGGGGGGCAAGGCGCAGAUGGUACCUCCUCCGCCAGAGUCAGAGAGAGACCGACCCAGACAGGACCAGGUCUUGGAGGUAGCAGGAGGUCUCCCUGAAGAUCCCCAGAACAUUCCAGAAGGAAAUGGUCAGCCAGCCAUCAAGCCCAUGAAGGAGGACCAGGGGCCAGGCAACAGGGGUCUGCAGCCAGGGCCCCAGGCCUUGCCCCCCGACGGGCAGGACGCUCUGGCAGCCGGCGCAGGGGAGAGAGCCGCUGCAGUCCCACUGCCGGGCCGGGCCGCAGGGGCCUUGGGCAGGCUGGCGGAGAAGAGCGAGCCCGGCGGGAAGGCUCCCCUCCUGUUGAAGCUGGCCCCCGAGGCUGGGCCUCAGGCAGAGCUGCGAGAGCAGAGGAACGCGGAGGGCCAGGGCGGAGGAGGCCAGGGCGGAGGCCACGCUGGCAGCAAGCUGGAGGCUGAAAUCAAAAAGAUAGUAGCAGAAGCGGGCCGGGCGGAGCUGCUGGACCACGCCGUCCUGUUGCAGGUGAUCAAAGAGCAGCAGGUCCAGCAGAAGCGGCUGUUGGACCAGCAGGAGAAGCUGCUGGCGGUGAUUGAGGAGCAGCACAAGGAGAUCCAUCAGCAGAGGCAGGACGGCGAGGACGCUGAAGCGCAGCCAGAGCCUGGGGUGGCUGUCCCCAGAGGUAAGGAGGAGUCCCACGAUGGGGAGACGGUGGAGCCUCAUCCCCAGCAGCCUUUGGAACCUGCACGUGGAGCUCCUGGGCAUCCCCCCGCGCCGCCCCAGGGACACGGCCCGCGCUCAGUGGAGGAGCCCGAGGGGGCUGCAGGCAGAGCUCCAGCUGCUCCUCUGGGCGCAGCCCGCACAGAGCCCCGGGCAGCCCAGGCCGAGCCGAGGGAAGGCCGGCAGGGCGCUGUGCCCGAAGCCGCCGAUGCUGGCGUGCAGGAGCAGGUGCCUGAGCCAGGCCCUGCCGAGGCGCCCAGGAGCCCAGAGAAGCUUGUUGCUGCCGAGGUCCUGGAACCGGGUCAGGACGCUCUUGGCAGAGGCUCCCACGAAAGGAGACGAUCCAGAAAAGAGGUGGGAGCCACUGGUGCCAACGUUCAGGAGGCAGAGGUCUUGGGAGCAAGAGAGACUGGGGACCUUCCCGUGAAGCCCCAGCCAGUGAGCCGAGACUGGGGACCUGCAGGCCUGUCCAGCAGGUCGGGAGGAGCAGCCCCUGGGGCCCAGGCCGAGACCGGUCAGCUGGCACACCGGGCUGUUUCUGCCGGGGGCCAGGCUGGGCAGCAGGGCGGUCACCUGGAGGCCAGAAAGGAGGCCGUUGGUGGGGACCGUGUGCCUGUUCUGGGGGUAGACCCUGCCGUCCAAGAGCCUGAGCAGAGGCAGGACCCUGAUCUUGGGCCCAAACCAGCCGUCCCUGGGGCUCAGAAGCCAGACCAUGCCAAAUCUAACCGAGACCUGAAAGUCCAGGCCGGUUCUGACCUGAGGAGGAGACGGCGGGAUGUGGCUCCUGGGGCAGGAGGGGACCCGGCCCCAAGGGACAGGGUCAUCAUCAGCUUUAAUCCUCUGCCAGAUGUGCAGGUCAAUGACCUCCGCAGCGCCCUGGAGACCCAGCUGCACCAGGCCGCGGGGGGCGCGUUGCGGGUGGUCCACGGCCGCCAGGUGAAGCAGCUGGCCGGGGCCCAGGAGGAGUCCUGAGUAGCCACUAGCCGCCACGGUCCUCCUGGUCGGCAGGUCUCCUCCCCCAACCACGCGGGGACCACGUGGGUGCCGAGUCAGAGGUCCCGCGGUGGCGGGGGUUUGGACGGCCUAUGCCUUUGCCAGCCCGCAUCUUAAACUUGCUGGGGUGACCGAGCUCACCAGGACUCAGACGAUGCAGCGGCCGGCCGGGGAGCGUGGCCCCGAGGUGACACAGGCUGCCGUGAGGCCCACUGCCCGCCGGACUGCCUCUCGCUCUACAUAGUCGUGGUUCACGUGAUGCUCCGAGUGUGUGGAGAACUGUCACAAACUCGGCCUCUGCUCAGCUGCUCGGUGGCCACGGCUCCACGUGGGAGGACAUGGGGCUGGGACUGCGGCAUCUCGGUUAGCCAGCUGCCUGAGUGUGUGGCCGCCUCAGCCCUUGUCACGGUCCCUCUGCGCUCCCUGUGCUUUCCCAAACUAUAAAGUUGUUUUACAAAUAAGAAACAUCCCAAUGUUGGGUCAGUGAA